AUGACUUCCUCCAACAAGGUGUUUUCCCUCGAGGGAAAGGGUCUCAAGCUCGACACUGCUGAGGAUAUCGAGGCUCACAUUGCCCCUCUUCGAUCUCAAGAUGUCGAAGAGGUUCGCAUUUUGGGCAACACUCUAGGUGUUGGCGCUUGCCAGCGCCUGGGUGAGGUUCUCGCGACAAAGAAGAACCUUCGAAUUGCCAACUUCGCCGACAUCUUCACCGGCCGACUCCUGAGCGAAAUCCCCGACGCCAUCUCCUCCCUCCUGACCUCCGUCCUCAACCUCCCCAAGCUCAACACAGUCAACCUCAACGACAAUGCAUUCGGCUUGAACGUCCAAGCGCCUCUCGUGGCUUUCCUUUCCGCACACGUUCCUCUUCAGCACCUGUACCUGAACAACAACGGUAUGGGUCCUCAUGCUGGUAUUCUCAUUGCCGAUGCGCUGUCCGAGCUUCACGGCAAGAAGGAGGCCGCCCGAAAGGAAGGAAAGGAGGUCCCCGACCUUGAGACUGUUAUUUGCGGUCGCAACCGAUUGGAGAACGGAAGUAUGACAGCCUGGGCAAAGGCUUACAGCCUGCACAACAAGAUCAAGACGAUCAAGAUGGUUCAGAACGGUAUCCGACAGGAGGGUGUCUCUCAUCUUCUGACUGAGGGUCUCAGCCACGCUUCUGAGCUCAAGGUUCUCGACUUGCAAGACAACACCUUUACCGCCACUGGUGCCAGAGCCUUGUCUAAGGUCGUUUCUAACUGGGCUUCCAUUCAAGAGCUCGGCGUUGGUGACUCUCUGCUGGGACCCAAGGGUGGUAUUCUCGUAGCCAACGCUCUGGCUAAGGGCAAGAAUAACAAGCUUGAGAUCCUGCGACUACAAUAUAACGAAAUCCCUGCCAAGGGUAUUAAGGCUUUCGCCACUGCUGCCAAGGACGGUCUGCCCGCCCUGAAGCGCAUCGAGAUCAACGGCAACAUCCUCACUGAGGACGAUGAGUCAAUCAUCGCCCUCCAGGAGCUCCUCGAAGAGCGCAAGGAGAAGUUCGCUGGUGAUAUUGUCAACGAAGAUGACUGGGGUGUUGACGAGCUCGAUGAGCUUGAGGAGCCCGACAGCGACGCCGAGGAAGAGGAGGACGAGGAAGAGGAGGACGAGGAGGAGGAUGAUGUCGAGCCUGAGGAGCGUGCUGAGAAGCUGGUCAAGGAGGCCGAGGAGGCUCAGGAGGAGCCUGUCAUCCCUGUCAAGGACAAGGAGGUGGACGAGUUGGCAAAGAAGCUGGAGAAGACUGAGAUUUAG